UGGACGCCGGCUCCCCAUUAUUCGUCGGCCCAGUUCCAGUUUGUUUGCGCCGUACAGCACGGCAUGGGAUGGCCACUGCAGCCUGAACAGCAGCAUUUUCCCCCUUGCUUAGAGAAGCGCCGUUUAGUAGCAGCUAGACCAAUGCUAAAUAAUCAAAUUAAAGUACAUGUUUGAGAGAGAAAGGGUUCCAAAUUCUGCCGGGCGCAAAAAGAAGAGAACAAAAAGCCCGGCGAAUGCGACUGGGGGCAAUGGCCCUUGGGGCGACGAGGCACUGAUCCAGUCCUACAGCCUGCCGAACCUUUUCCUCCAGGGCUCCCACAGCGCCAUCCAGGUCUCGCCGCCAGCACGUUCUCCAGCGACCAGAGGCCCUGAACCGCCGCGCUACAGGCGCUACAGGGCGCUUCCAGAAGACUGCGACAGCAGCGCCGUGUUAGUGAGCCCAAGCCGGCAGCAACAAAAUCGUUCGACCUCGCCUAGCCAGCUCCUCUUUUCCCCAUGCACACAUUCUACCAACUUGGCCUCCAGCAACAGCUUUUGCAAACCACUCCUGAUACAUCUGGUGAGUUCCAUCGACUCUGUCGUCGUGCGCGAUCAUGCAUUUGCCUUGAAUUUGGCCUCCCAAUACGCCCCCGUCCCUUGGAUUCGCACCUCAUCCCACCCCCGUCCUGGCUUUGCCCGGCGCCUUCGUUCACAGCAGCUUUUUCUCCCCCCAAUCCGUCCCGACUGAGGGCUUCGCGGUCUUCAUCAACUCUUAUCUCCUCCAGAGCGCCGCCGCUCUCGCCAGUCCUCGUCGCCGCCGAAUCCGCCGCCGCGCCAGCCAGGAGCUGACCAAGAAGCAGGCGCUUACCGCAUAGCCUGGAUGGUGAUGAACUUUUGACAUUGCCUCAUCAUUCACCGUCAUCUAGAGGCGGAAGAGCCCAUAUCGAGUCCUG